UAAAACUUGAUAAUCAAACUUAUUGUUUAAUUAUUUUGACGUUGAAUUUCUCUGGUAUCCAUUACUUUGUUUUCCUCCUCCCUCCUCCUCCGCCAUCAUGUUUUCUAAGUGAACAGCGGAGCUAACCAGCUAGUUCAGCCUUCAAGCUGCGGACUGUUGUGGACGGGAGGUGCGAUGGAUGGAUGUUUUGCCCCGCUACGUUUUACACAUUUGUCUUAGUUUAAAAAGAAUGCGCCGACAAAAUUUAUCCAUCGAUAUACUCCGCGCUGUUGCGGAGGGCUGCUGAUUCGCACAUGAUACAGCAGCAACCUACGGUUUCUCGUUAUAGUUUGAAGAUUAACGCCUAGCUGAGGCUGUUUAAGUGGCUACACGGCUAGCUCCUCCUUGCUGUCUACCAUCGCAUUCUUGUGUCUCCUGCCCCAGGAAUGUUUUCCAAAAAGCCUCAUGGGGACGUUAAGAAAUCAACACAGAAAGUGUUGGACCCAAAGAAGGACGUGUUGACAAGACUGAAACAUCUCAGAAUAGUCAUAGAAAAUGCAGAGCCUUCAGAGCUGAAACAGUUCUUCGACCUGAACUACUCCCACAUCUACUAUGUCUUCUUUGAGAACUUUGUCACCAUUGAGGUCAGCCUCAAGCAAAAAGGUCACAAGUCUCAGAGGGAGGAGCUGGACUCGAUUCUCUUCAUCUUUGAGAAAAUCCUUCAGCUCCUGCCAGAGAGAAUCCAAAGCCGCUGGCAGUUCCACAGCAUCGGGCUGAUCCUCAAAAAGCUGUUGCACACUGGGAAUUCUCUGAAGAUCCGUCGUGAAGGUGUGCGCUUGUUCCUGCUGUGGAUGCAGGCAUUGCAGAGUAAUGCAGAGCGUGAGCAGCUCUGCAUGUUUGCCUGUUUGAUUCCCGGCUUCCCAGCUCCACUCUGCCAUGGGACCCCACGCACCCUAGACACGCUGAUCAACCCACCGCUGAGUUUAACAGAGACUCAGGUUACACCAGAGGAGAUCACUCCAUUGGUUCCUCCGCAGUCAGGUGACAAGAACCAGGAAGACCUGACUGCUUACUUUUUAGAAGCGCUACUCAAAUACAUGGUAAACCAGGCCAAGUCUCUCGAGUGGCGUUGUAAAGAGAACCAUGAACGUGGCUUCAGCUUCCUCUUUGGUCACUUCAGGAAGUUUUACCUUCCUCACAUCUUCCCCAACUUUGCAAUGGAAACCAGCCUCUACAACCCAAUACUGGAUGUGCCUCCGAUGCGUCCCAAGCCGUACUACAGCGUGGUGCGCAGGGAGCAGGACGGCGGGGAAACGGUGUACUGCACCAAGGAGAGCUUCCUUCAGGCGCGAGUCAUCUUCAUCCGCUGGCUGGUUUCCUUCUGGCUCGAACCACGGCCCAACUCACACACACACAUCCCGGGAACAGAGGGAGAGAUCGUCCCCAAGAACAUACAGCGGGCAGCAGCCGGACUGGCAGCUCGCUCUGCAGGCAGCUCAGACGACAGCGGUGGAGGUGGGAUUCGGUCCGACAGCCACCUUGAAGGUAGCGGGUGCUCGUCCGGAUCGGGCGGAGGCAGCAUGGGGCUGUCUGGGGGUCCAGGGAUCGGGGGUGAACCUGAACAGAGUCACUCCAACACAUCUACGCUGACAGAGAGGGAGCCCAGCUCCUCCUCACUCUGUUCCAUGGACGAAGAGCAGCUAACGGACAUGGAGGUGGUGAGGAGAGUUCUGACCAGCUCCAGAACCAACGUCAACUUCAUCACUGAGAUCUUUAGACAGGCAUUUCUCCUUCCCAUGUGUGAAGCUGCAGCGAUGCGUAAAGUGGUCCGUGUUUACCAGGAGUGGAUCUCCAUGGAGGACAGGCCAGUGUUUAUGAAGGAGCCGGAGGAGGGCCCCUAUCCAACAACCGGCAGCCUGGAUUCAGGCUCUCAGCUCGGAGACAAGGAGGACGAGGGACCGAACAAGGUGGUUGACAAUGAACUGCUGGAGUACAGCGUUCAUGCUGGAGUACAGACGACACUACAGGUAUUUAUUACCCACUCCUCCAACGUUUUUCUCUUGGAGCCAGCCAACGACAUCAAGAUCCUUUUGGAGGAGCAUGUCGACAUGUGCAAGCGAGUUCUGAACAUCUACCGCAGCCUUGUCAUGCAUGAGACCAUGGACCAGAAAACAUGGGAGCAGGUGUUACUGGUCCUGCUGAGGGUUACAGAGUCCGUGAUGAAAAGACCUCCAUCCAUCAUGCCCCAGGGCAAGAAGAACAACACACUGUCAGGCAGACUGGCUGGACCCAUCUUUCAGACACUGAUAGUGGCCUGGAUUAAGGGGAACUUAAAUGUCUACAUCAGCAGAGAGCUGUGGGACGACCUCCUCUCCGUCCUCUCCUCUCUUACCUGCUGGGAUGAACUGGUCACGGAGUGGUCACUCACCAUGGAGACCCUCACCAAGGUGUUGGCCAGGAACCUGUACACUGUUGAUCUGAAUGAGCUGCCUCUGGACAAACUCAGUGAACAAAAACAGAAGAAGCAUAAAGGAAAAGGUAUAGGUUCAGAGGGCCAGCGGCAGAUUGUGGAUCGUUCCUUCUCUAAAGGCUGGAGCAGAGACCAGCCAGGCCAGGCAGCAGCCAUGAGACAGCGGAGCGCCACCACCGCUGGCUCACCGGGCAUCGAAAAGGCCAGGAGUAUUGUUCGCCAGAAGACUGUAGCCCUGCGUAGCUGCUCUACGGGGGACUCUCUGCUGUCCUCAGCCUUUAUCCGCAGUGCUAAGAGUGCUCCUGCUCUGGCGCCUCCUCUUCCUGUCCUCCUCCACCACCACCACCCUUUACUACCCCCCCUUGCCGACCAGCUGGCAGACCUGGAGGACCCGCCAAUCACACUAACGUCCCGCGCCUCUCGGAUGCGCCACUCUUCUCAGAGCGACGACACCCCUCCCACCUCCUGUUCGGAGGUCUUCCAGGGAGUGGCGUGUGACCUGGAUGCCCCCGCCCCUUCCUCCCUCGCAAGGAGCAGCAGUGCCUCUGACAUCAUGGAGCCUUUCAUCGCUGAGAGGGUCAAAGGUGAAGACCCCCAGAGGGAUACCAGUUCGAUCCCGAACCCCCCACAACACCACCACUCCACAACUUCUUCUUUACUCGCAGCCAACAGCCACACAGCUCAUCCACUCCCACACCCCCUCACCUCUUCCUCCCCCACUCCUUUAACCUUCCCCAACGGUGUUGUUUCUUCAUCCUCAGAGGGACAAGAUGAUGGUAGUGUUUAUGACCAGUUCUGGCAUCAGAUUGGCUCUCGGAGCCGAGGUUCUAGCUCGGAUUGGGUAAGCGACUGGGACUCUGCCUUCACCUUUGCAUCUGAAAAGGAAAUUGAUGUAGAGGAGGGUGAAAUGGGGGCUGGGGCAGAGGAAGAUGAUUUAUUCUCCUCAAUUAGGGAUUACCUCACUAACAAAGGAAGUGAGAGGAAGGAAGAGGCAGGAGAGAGAGAUAGUCCUGGGCUUUUACUAGAAAACAGUGCUGUCACUUUACCCGCACCUGUGGAAACUGGCGAAGCUAGAGCACAAAUGGAAUACACAGGACAGGUAGGAGAGGCAAGACAGGUGGUGAGAGAGGACAGGCAAGCUUGUAAAGAGACCAGACCGGUAAGUAAAUCAGUGAGACAUAGCAGUGUGGAUUCAACAGAAGAGAAUGAGGCAGAGCAGCGAAGCAUCUACGAGUGCUUAGAGUUGCAGUGUCAGUGGCCGUCGCCUAAUGCUAGGGGGAGCGCUAGCUUAGAAAGACACACUGGAGAGAAAAAGGGAGGAGGGAAGGCAGAAGGAUGGGAAGGGAAAUGUGAUGGAUGGAGGGAAACAGGAGAAGAGAAGCAGAGUAAUAAAGAAGCGGCAGCAUACGAGAGGUCCGUUAUAAUCAGACAAGACACAAGCGCAAUAGAAAGUAGCACCGAAUCAAAUCAAACUCCCCAAACUUCAGACCCUACUAAAGCCAAGAUGUCUCGCAGUAGCACGAAGAGGCUCCACUCUGGUGGCGUCCAUGUCAGCUUCCGGCCCUCCACUGAGUCAGUCCAGUUCCACAACCCCCUGGAGAGUAAAGAGGCCCACUGGAAAGCCAGGCUGCGCCGCCUCAGUCACUUCCACACACACAGCCACUCAGCUGGAGAGAGGCCCGGGGCCGGAGCUGGAGCCGGGUCAGGGGCCAAGCUGGGGACAGGAGGUGCAGGUAAGUUUGGCUCUGUGGCUGGGAUUGGCCAUAGAGCAGGGGCACAUGAGAAAUCAGCCUCUGGGACUGUUACAGAUAACAGCGGGGCAGGGAACGCAGCAAUUGCGGGAGGCUUGGAAAACAGGGCUGGGACUGGAGGGGACAAGGACAAGCAGCAUCCCGGGUCCUCUGCGGGGUCCAACCUGGGCUCUGAGGCUCACACAGAGACGAGCAGCUCAGGUGUGCGUGGCCGUCUGGGACGUUCCGCCUUGCGAGCCCGAGCCUCCCGCUCACGGUCCCAGGAGCCUGGCAGCACCGCAUCGCGACACCACCACCAGGGGGCUCUUCUCGGUGGCGUCUAUAAGACUGUUGUUCACGCUCUGUCUUCCAAGCCACGGCCUCGAGGUCAGGGGUCAUCCCAAGGCUCGUCGCCACAGCGGCAGGGCCGGGCCGCUAUGGGCGAUGCAUCGCUCAGAGACCUCUACUCCCAUGUCCUGGGCUACUUUGGGCGAAAGACGUCAACGCCAGCCAACAAAGAGGAGGUGGUCCAGAAGGCUCGUCCAGUCUCCAGUGACGUAGGAAGCACCAACCCAAACUUUUCCGACCUCAUGGAUGAGUUCAUCCAGGAGAGACUGAGGGCCAAAGGAACAGCAGGCCGUCGCGGCAGCAGCCCAGGAAGUCUUGAGGUUCCCAGGGACCUGCCGGAGCUACUGGAGGCAGGUCAGAGUCCUGGAUCUCGACCCUCAGAUGAUCACCGUCCUGUUGAUGAUCCGGGGGUUCCCUCCGAAUGGACGUCACCUGCAAGUGCCAGCGGUUCUGAUGUCAUCAGCUCAGACAGCCAGUCAGACUCCUUUAAUGCCUUUCAGUACUCCACCUGCAAGUUUGAUAAUUUUACUUUCAGCUCAGAAGCUUGUGGAGGAGGAGCUGGAUCUGGGGGUGGAGGUCGAGGCAGCUCGUUGGACCAGGACAGCCUGGGAGGGGGCGUGGCCUGUGAUGAACAUGAAGUGGCCAGUUUAACAACACUUCACAUUGACUCGGAGACCAGCAGCCUCAGCCACACUGUCACUGUCACUGGUUCUGAGAGUGCAUCUCCCAUGCAUUCUCUCGGAGGUUCUCGUUCCCAGACGCCCUCCCCCGCCACACUGACCGCAGAGCACACCGAUCACACACACUCCCAUUCACACACACACUUACAGCUGGACCAGAAGCUCCACAACUCUGUCCUGCAGACUCCAGAUGACCUGGAAACCAGUGAGUUUCCCAGUGAGGACUGCAGUGUCAUGGCAGGUGGCUCUCUAACUGGAUGGCAUGCAGAUGUUGCCACAGUAAUGUGGAGGAGGAUGCUGGGUAUCCUGGGGGAUGUUAACAGCAUCAAAGACCCAGAGAUCCAUGCUCAGGUCUUCGAUUAUCUGUGUGAACUGUGGCAAAACCUGGCCAAGAUAAGAGAUAAUUUGGGCAUUUCUCUGGACAACCAGUCAUCUCCCCCGCCUCCUGGUCUGAUCCCACCCCUGAGAAUCCUUACCCCCUGGCUCUUUAAGGCCACCAUGCUGACAGAGCGUUACAAGCAGGGGAAGCUUCAUGCCUACAAGCUGAUCUGCAGGAUCAUGAAGAGACGGCAAGAUGUUUCCCCAAACUCCGACUUUCUCACACACUUCUACAACAUCAUGCAUCAAGGACUGCUGCACCAAGACCAGGACAUUGUGAACACCAUCAUAAAACACUGCAGUCCCAGGUUCUUCAGUAUUGGCCUCCCUGGAGCCACCAUGUUGAUCCUGGAUUUCAUCAUCGCAGCUUCGAGAGUCACCGCCUGCUCAUCACUCAACGCGCCAAGAGUGGAGGCCCAGAUCCUGCUGGGCUCUCUGGUGUGUUUUCCCAACUUGUAUGAGGAGCUUCCAGCCCUCCAUCCCACCACGGCUGACGUGGUGCUUACCAAGUUCCCUGACGUCAAGGAACACAUUAUCAAAACCAUUCUGACCUCUGCAAGGGACGAACCCUCUGCUCAGGCUCGGUGUGUUGCCCUAUGUAGUCUGGGUAUCUGGAUGUGUGAGGAGUUGUCUCAUGGGACUCAACAUCCGCAGAUUAAAGAUGCUCUCAACGUCAUCUGUGUUACUCUGAAGUACCCUAAUAAGAAUGUAGCGCUGGUGGCAUCGGACAUCCUUCACCUCCUGAUCAGUCAUGUUGAUCAUCUUCAGAAAUUCCCCCCUGACACUCCGAAGAAGAUCGUAGAGAUUUUGAUCGCCACCAUCACACACUUGCUGCCUACUACUGAGUCUUCUCCUCAUGAACUGGAUAAAAGGCUGGUAGUGUCCCUCCUGUUGUGUCUGUUGGACUGGGUGAUGGCUCUGCCUCCAAAGACUCUUCUUCAACCCGUUCAAACACGAAGCCCUCCGGAUAGGGACCAGCCUACCAAGACUCUGCUCAGCUGCAUUUAUAAGGUGUUACACGGUUGUGUAUAUGGAGCCCAGUCCUUCAACAGUCCCAAGUAUUACCCACUGCAGCUGUCGGACCUAUUGAGUCCAGACUACGACCCGUUCCUGCCGUUGGAGAGCCUCCGAGAACCAGAACCGCUGCACAGCCCGGACUCUGAACGAUCCAACAAACUACAGCCCGUCACUGAAGUUCGUAGUCGUAUUCAGCAGGGCCUGGUUUCCAUCGCAGCCAGGACAGUUAUCACACACUUGGUCAACCAUCUAGGACAUUAUCCAAUGUCUGGAGGGCCUGCUACUCUGUCCAGUCAGGUGUGUGAAAACCAAGACAACCCUUUCAGUGAGAGUGCAGAUCUUGGACCAGAGCUUUUCCAUUCACCAAACCUGCAGUUUCUGGUUCUGAAUGGCUCCACGCUGCUUUCCGUGUAUCAGAUCCGGUCGGAGUCAGGUGUACCAGGAGGAGGAAUGACAGCUGGUUUGUCCUCUGCUCCCGCUUGCGUUCGUGUCAUCAUCCGAGAUGUAGCAGGCAAACACUCCUGGGACUCUGCCGUUCUCUACGGGCCUCCUCCAUGUUCCCCAAACAGCCCGACACACACAUUCAUGUCACACACACAAUCACCUCACAGCGCAAAUCUUCAUUUACGCACUCCACCAGGAGGUCCACCGAAAAAGAUGGAGAGCGAGGAGGAGGGGCAGGAGGAGAGCGAGCCCGAGGAGGGAGGCAAAGGCAUGGAGGGGGAAAGGCAAGAGCUUCAGGGAGAGGGGGAGGAAGUAGAAGAGGAGAGGAAAGUCACUGAGGAGGGGAUGGGAGAAGGAGGGGAUGAAGGAGAAGAAAUAGAGGAGGAGCAGGAGGAGGAGGGGAUAGAGCAGAGGAUGGAUGGGGAGGAGGAUCGAGGUGAGUCGGGCUUGGAGCAGCUCCUCGCUCCUCCAUUGGCUAAGCGCGUGUGUCGGGAGGCGGUGCCAGCAUGGGAUUCACUGAGGGAGGGAGACGACGCACUGGAUGAAAUGCUGCAGUAUCUGGGAUACUCAAGUCCUGAGUGUCUACAGAGAGCAGGCAUGCCGCUCAACAUCCCGGCCCCUCCUCCAGCGUGUGUUUCAGAGAAGCAGGAGAACGAUGUGAUCAAUGCCAUCCUGAAGCAGAGCGCUGCUGAAAGAGAAUUUGUCCUUCAUAGAGGUGAGGGGCUGAACAUGAGGGCAGUGCAGCAGACUGAACCAGAGACUGAGACUCCACAGUCAGCCUUCUACUACUGCAGACUACUGAUCAACAUACUGGGACUCAACUCCUGGGAGAAGAGGAGUAACUUCCACCUGCUGAGGAAGAAUGAGAAGUUACUGAGAGAGCUGAAGAACUUGGACUCACGGCAGUGCCGUGAGACUCAUAAAAUAGCAGUAUUUUAUGUGGCAGAGGGCCAAGAGGACAAACACUCCAUACUAACCAACACAGCAGGCAGCCAGGCUUAUGAAGACUUUGUCUCUGGACUGGGCUGGGAGGUGGAUCUCACUACUCACUGUGGUUUCAUGGGUGGUCUUCAGAGGAACCGCAGCACAGGCCAGACUACGCCUUACUACGCCACCUCCACCACUGAGGUCAUCUACCACGUCUCCACCCGCAUGCCUCACGACCAGGAUCACAACCUCACCAAGAAGCUUAGACACCUGGGUAAUGACGAGGUCCACAUCGUUUGGUCGGAGCAUUCCAGAGACUACCGGCGAGGGAUCAUCCCCACUGAGUUCGGAGACGUGCUAAUCAUCAUCUACCCCAUGAAGAACCACAUGUACUCCAUCCAUAUACUCAAAAAACCAGAGGUGCCAUUCUUUGGUCCACUGUUUGACGGUGCCAUAGUGGACAUGAACAUUUUGCCCACCAUGGUCAGAGCCACAGCAAUCAAUGCCAGUCGAGCUCUCAAAUCCCUCAUUCCUCUCUACCAGAACUUCUAUGAGGAACGAGCACGAUACCUAGAAACCAUCGUACAGCACCACCAGGAGCCCACCACGUUCGAGGAUUACGCAGCACGAGUCUACAGUCCUGCACCCUGCACACACCUGCCCUCAGACACAGGCUCCUGCCUCGAGAUUCUUCGGGGAGAAAGUCCGGCACUUGGGGAGGCCGGGAGCGAUUCGGCGUCCCCCAUGUCUCCUCGGACUAGCAAAAGCCGCAUGUCGAUGAAGCUGCGGCGCUCCUCCGGAUCGGCCAAUAAGACUUAAGCUGUCUAGAUUACACAGCCAAGUCCAAAUUCUUGAGACACUUCGUCCAUGAAAGAUUGGGUCUCUAAUUGUGCUUAAAAGUCCAAGAAAUUAAACAUAACACAUAUUAAAAUCGUUAGAAAAACAGGUCAGUAGAAUUUGACUUCAUCGCACACUUGUAUUCUUGAAAAAACACACUUGAUAGUAUUCUGCAGACUUUUUACACUGUAACUUUAUUUUGAAAUUGCCUACAGCUGCUGAAUAUAUCCUCGGCUCAGUUGCACCAGUGUUGCUGCAGCAUGCUGAUGUUUGCCACAGUAGAAAGCGCUGCAGCCUGAGCAGUGCAGUAUUAGUCUAUAAUAAUCUGUGCCAUGAUAUAGAAAAAAUGCACAAACUCCAGUGUAACCGGAGCUGCAAAGAGCUUAAAUGUGCCACAUAUUCGACAUUGUUCUUUUUGGAGAUCAAACUGCAGAACAAAGAGGUUUCGAGGGCGAAUCUGUAUAUUUGUACUAUAGCCAGUCUGUGUAUGUGUGUGUACAGACAGAGUCACAAGUUUUGAUAUAUAAAAAAGAAUGAAUUGAGAAUGAUUGCACCUGCAGUGUUGCAUGGAGGAAGAAAGAUAAAAUAUAUUUUUGUUCUCGGCCUAUAAAGAUACAGACAGGGUCAGUUUCUAUUCAGCCCUCAUAAAAAUGUAAAUAGAAACUCUUUCAUUUGCUAAGAAUAAAGCUUAUGUCACAGAUGCGGCAUGCCAAAAAUAAUCUUAGUUUAAAUCCAGAAAAAAAAUCCCCUCUUUGAAUAUAUGGGACUGAGAGCUGAAGCAAUGAGAGAACCAGUGUUACAAUCAGUGUAAUAAUCAGUGUAAUGAUGGAGGGAUUAUUUGUCUUUCCUAAAGGAGAGAAAAAGCGCUUUCUAGGAAAUUAUCAAAGAGGAAGCACUUGUUAAAUACAUGUUUUGUGCUCAUGCUGUAAAAUGUGGACAAGCACUGAAGUUCAUUGCAUAAAUGUUCAUUUUUUUAUUUUUUAAAGUUACUGUUUUUGACCCGAACAAGAAUGUUGCUGUAUUUUUAGUGUCACUUUGUCAUCUGAUGCAAUGGAACCACAGCUUUUCUUUUUGUUCCUUUAUAUAUAUAUAUUCUGUAUAUCUAUAUAUGUAUGAGUAUAAAUAUAUAUAUAUAGUAGAUAUAUAAUAUCUGUAAGGAUGUGUACAGUGUGAGGAGGCCUGUUGUGUAAAUACUGUUAGUUACGUGAGAAAAGCUGCCAAAGCCAAACUUUUAAUGGGUUGACACUACAACAUUUUAUGCUUCAAUUUUUUUUUCUUCCUUGUCAUAACCGGUUUGCACUUGAUUCUCUGUGGAUUUAAAGUUAAUUUAACUUUAGCUCAAGUACUCUUCUGUACUGUUGAUGUGUAACCUUGGUACCACAUCUGAACAAUAGGGGAGUUUCAGGUCGUCUGUUUCCACAUUUUUCAUUGUUUGACUUAUUGCUGAAUGAGUCUAGUUGUGGACUGUUGGUAAUUAAUUUCACCAAUUUCGCGGUGAUAAAAGGAGGAAAAACAAAGUGUAUAAAGGAAAAGAUGCUGUAGAACCAAGGCCAAAGAGGGGCGGAGAGGAACGAGAUGUCAACUUAAAAAGACUUGGAUAUGAAUUCUUUUCUUAUAGCUAUUAUAGUAAGACUCAUCCCCUGUUCCAGCUCUGGAUGAGGGGAUACGCGUGUAAUCAAGAAAAUAUAACACUACCAUUCAUGUAUUUAACCUCCUCAUUUCUGCUAAGCUCUACAACUGACAAGGUUUCAAAUUGGCUUACAUGCACUUCAUGUUUUUUCUUUAUAAAUGUCACAGCUGUGGUUCACCCUGAGCAUUUAUUUUACAUGAUUUGUCUUCAUUAUAAAUGUUUUUUCUAUGGUAAGAAAGAAAUCUGAUCUGUAUUUUAAAAUGUAGAUCUGAGUCAAAGAUUUUGCCUUUGGAGUGUUCACAACUGUAUUUUCUGUUACUGUUUUAUCUUUAUUUUAGCCAUAGAUUCUCUGUAGAGAGGAAAGGGAUUGUUUUUUUUUUGUUUUUUUUACCCCUCCAUUGGGGUUGAAAUCGUUGUAAAAUUAGGUCAAAUUGUGUUACUUUAUGUGUGAAGUCCGCUGAGAUUUGAGUUGUCCCUUUAAAUUAUUUGCUGUUACAGUUGUUAUUAUUAUUAUUAUGGCUGAGGUUGAAGCACCAUUGAUUGGUUGUGGUCCAGUAGCCCUGUUGCACUCUGGGACGGAUCUGUACAUGCUCUAUGUCGACUGCAGCUCAUUAGCUUCCUGUAAACACAACCUUAACCUGUUCAGACUACAUCCUUAAUAAAAAAAAGAUGGGGCAUUUCAGAUUUGUUUUACAGAUUCUACUGCUCACUCUUUGGAAUACUGAUUAGCAGCAACCAAAACAUAUAGAAAACCUAAGUUACCAAAAGCCUUUCAGCAUUCAUAAAAAUAAUUCAUAUUUACUUCCCCCGAGGACUUUCUGGAUAUUUUUUCGACUUCUGUGCCUGUGUCGACGGAUGCUCUGAACAAUGAGGGCUGUGAUGGAUACGGGUCCAGCUGCUGUCCAGAUGUUAGUUUGCAGACAAAGCUGAUGUUUGUAACUACUGACUGUACAUACUGCAUGACACCAGUUCACUACUACCUGCAUGUGUUGAUCAUGUAACAGCUGUAUCCCAACACACACACACACAUACGCACACACACAUAUACACUCCUCAAACUAUGUUACUGUCAGACCUGUAUGUAAACGUGUACUACUAAUGUCUCUUUUGGACACAGAGAGCGUGAAUGUGCGAUGAUGGAAUUUGACAAUAAAUGAUUCGUACCACUUGA